AUGACCGUCAUAUGUCAAGGAAGCCUAGUGCUCGUCACAGGUAUCAGCGGCUUGAUUGGGUCGCAUGUCGCAGACCAUCUGCUUCGAGCUGGCUACCGCGUUCGGGGUGCAGUGCGAAGCGAGCAGGAGGCGCAGAUGAUGCAUGACAUCUACCAGAAACGUCAUCCCAAAGCGCCUGAAUCAUUCGAAACUAUUGUAAUUGCAGACAUGAAAGUUCCAGGAGCUUUCAAAGGUCAUCUGGCUGGCUGCGAUGGAAUCGCCCAUGUUGCGUCCGAUCUGAGCUUCAGCCCUGAUCCCAAUGUAGUCAUCACUGGAUGUGUCAACGGCAUCAAAGCCAUCCUGGAGGAAGCCAAGUCGACACCUUCAGUCAAACGUUUCGUAUACACUUCAAGCAGCAAUGCAGCAACGAGACCCUUGGUCGGCGAGCCGAGGCAUGUGGACUCUUCAUCAUGGAACGACGACAUCUUAGAGGAAGCUUGGGCGCCGCCUCCAUAUGAAAUUAACCGCGCAUACGCCGUGUACGCUGCUUCCAAGGUCGCUUGCGAGCGUGCAGCAUGGGCGUUCAUGAAGGACCAGAGACCAGGAUUCACGUUCAACACUGUGUUGCCGAAUUAUACCUCCGGAAUCGUCUUGCAACCUCUCAGCAUCCCAGGUGCGGGUAGCACGGCACGAUGGGUGCGUGAUGUAUACGAUCAUCCAUUCGAAAAGGUGUUCGUGUCCAAAUUGCGGGAUGACAGUCCGCAGUGGCAGGUUGACGUGGAGGACAUCGCGAAGCUGCAUCUUGCGACUCUCACAUUCGAUGAUGUAAGCAACGAACGACUUCUCGGAUUUGCGCACAGGUUCAACUACAACAGCUUCCUGCAGACGUUCCGGAAGCUGGCACCGGAGCGCGAGUGGCCCGCUGAUCGGAGCGGACUGGAAUUACCGAGCACGGUAAUCGAGAACAAGAGGUCUAUCGAGCUGCUGCGAAGAUUUGGAGCAAAUGGCUGGGUGCCCUUCCACGAAAGUGUACGACGCUCAUGUUUAGAUGAGUAUGGAGAUGGUUUUGCUGUAUUUGACGGAUCAUACCGCUGA